AUGCUUAUGAGACGAUUUGAUUCAAUAAAAAUUAAAUUCGUCCCAAGAAGUGAAAACAGGAAAGCUGAUGCCUUAGCUAAUUUGGCCGCUAUUUUAGCUAGGUCAGAUGAACAUUUCUCUCACUCCAUAUCAAUUGCUCAAAGAUGGGUACUUCCGUUAUUGCUACCCAAUUUCAUUCAUAUCCAAAUCAUUUAUCGAUAUGGUGUUCCCCGGCAUAUCAUAACUGAUAAUGGAAAAACAUUCUGCAAUAGCCACGUAAACAAUUUAUGUGCUAAGUUUGGGUUCAAACAGUAUAACUCGUCCAUGUACAAUACGGCAGCUAACGGAUUAGCAGAGGCGUUCAACAAAACACUAUGCAGUCUACUAAAAAAGGUUGUCUCCAAAUCAAAAAGAGAUUGGCAUGAGAAAAUCGGUGAAGUCUUAUGGGCUUAUCGAACUACUUAUCGGACUCCAACACAAACCACUCCUUAUGCCCUAGUAUAUGGAGUAGAAUCUAUACUUCCUCUGGGGUAUCAAAUCCCAUCACUUCGAAUUGCUAUCCAAGAAGGUUUGACAACUGAAGAAAAUGCCCACCUUCGAUUGGAAGAGCUAGAAGCUUUGGAUGAGAAGAGGUUAGAAGAAAAAAUGCAUCUAGAGUGCUAUCAAGCUCGAAUGGCCAAGUCUUUCAACAAAAAGGUGCAACCAAGAUCAUUUCAAGUUGGAGAUCUGGUACUUUCGUGCGCAGGCCAAUCAUAA